AUUAUUUUUCUGUUGCACAUAUUUAACAAUGCUUCCUCUUUCGAGGUUAUCACUUACACACACAAUUUGAUUUUGAACUUUUCUGUUUCUCUUAGCAAUAUAUUAAUGUGCAUUUCUUUCUUCUUUAGUUUUUUCUUUUCUUUCAAUUUUCUCCAACUAUGUGUGUUUGUAUAAAAAUCUUUAUUCAACUUUUUUCUAAAUUCUUCCCCAUUGUGUACUGGGCUUUGUGGCCAAAAUUACUUGCUGGAGAAUAAAACACUACUAUGUAGGUUUGUCUCAAUUUUGCAUGUAAAUUUUUCAACCUAUUAUGCAUUUUAUUUUGGAAAAGUGAUGCUACAAUUUAUGUUCGUGAUUUGGUUACAUCCACUUGUAUAAACAGCUUAAUUAUGGGUGUAUAAGUGCUUAUGUGUAAACUAUUUAUUUAACAAAAGAUUAAAUAAAGUCAAACUGUUUUCAUACAAGUUAUAACUUCUAAAUUGUUUGCAUAAGCUAUCUCUACGAGCUUCUUGAAAUAAGCUGAAAAUAAUUUUUGGACAUGUUAUAAUUUGUUUCCGUAAGCUCUCUCAACAGUGUCACAUCUACUUAUCCUACUAGAUAAGCUCAAAUAACUCACUCCAAACUUACUCUUUAGAACUAGCUAUGCUUCUACUGCAGCAGCAAUUAUAAUAUUCUGAGGAAUACAACAAUGUUUCUCAAAGUCCAGCUUCCUUGGAAUGUCAUAAUUGCUGCAGAAAACCUCAAACCAGGUAGUCUCAUGCUUCAACGGGCAAUCCUCAUCCGCCUGCUAAGCGACUUCGCUGUGAAAAAGGCAACAAAAGACAUGGGAUACUUUCUUGUAGUGACUACACUGGAGAAAAUAGGAGAAGGGAAAGUCAGACAACAUACCGGGGAUGUACUCUUCCCUGUUGUUUUUAAUGCCAUUACCUUUAAGAUUUUCAAGGGUGAGGUAUUGGAAGGUGUGGUCCACAAAGUUCUGAAGCAUGGUGUUUUCAUGAGAAUUGGUCCAAUUGAGAAUGCCUAUCUCUCGAGUAGCAAGAUGCCUGGUUACGUGUAUGUUCUCGGUGAAAACCCAUACUUCAUGAAUCAGAAAAUGCCUAAGAUUGCAAAAGACGUCAAAGUUCGAGUUGUUGUGAUUGGUACAAAGUGGAUGGAGGCAGAGAGGGAGUUUCAGGCACUGGUCGGUUUGGAAGGAGAUUAUCUGGGACCAAUUUCAUCCCCUGAUAUGUAGCUGCAUUUUCUUGUAACUAAACAUUGCAGUGUAAGUUUGUUAGUGAAAGCAACCACAUUUUGCAUCAGGGCUUCAUAUUUUGCUUUCCGGGUGGGCAAAUCAUGGAACCAUCAAUCAAACUAAUGCAGUGGGGUUUAGUCUGUAAAUAAAUACCAGAUGUGUACUCUGUAUAUGCCUAUUGUUCCUUAUCGUUAUUUGUCUUUAUCAGUCAACUAAACACUGUUUACUUGUCAAAUUAUA